CACCCUACCACCAUGAAGUUUUCUGCUAUCUUGUCUGCUGUUUUUGCCUCCAUUGCUGCUGUUUCUGCCAUUGAACCUGCCGAAGGAAGGCAACAUGAAAUCGCAUUUAUCGUUGACUACAAGAUCAAGCAACAGCCAGAGUUGACUCAGGCUGAUGUUGCUGAGUGGACAAACGGCGAAACCAUCACUUUGCAAUACCACGCACAAAACAAUGAGGCCGAAGAGGUCACUAUCAUUGGAGUUUCCGGUACUUUCAUUGAACCUUCCACUGGAAAUGUCAAGGUCAACAUGACUGCUGCUACUAUUGGUCCUAUUGUUGUGGCACCUGGCGAAUCUCACGUGUUUGAACAGAACAUUCCUUUGAACGUCCUUCCAGAUCACUACUUGCUUGUUCCACAAGUGUAUGUUGCCCAUGAAGAAAAGGUGAAGCAUGUUGCUAUCAGGGGCCAAUUGGCUACUGUUGUCGAACCUAAUGUUUCUAUCUUCAACCCACAAUUGUUGUUCUUGGAAUUGGUUUUGCUUGCUACCUUUGCUGGCUUUGGCUACUUUGUCUACGAAUUCUGGGGUAAGCAAUACUUCAAGGGCACUGCUCCUGUUGCCGCUAAGGUCAAGAGGGCUGCCUCUCCCUCUUCAGCUACUGCUUCUGGUAAGGCUUACGAUGAAUCGUGGAUUCCUGAAGCUCACUUGAAGCAGAAGAAGACCAAGAAGGCUGCUUAAGUUAGCUACCAAGGUGUGGGAUACUAGGUAUCUACGCUAGGUAGGCUAUCGAGCUGUAUUCUUCGGUAGUGGGACGAAAUCAUUACGUCAGGUGACGUCACCUGGUGC